CCGCGACGCCCCGGGUCCAGGAACCAGCUCGGCAAGGCGGGGCUUGCGUCGCCUGCCGUGGUUGCCUCCCCGUCGAGCUGUAUGGGCGGCGGCGGCGACGACGGAGAAGAGAGGCAGAGAGGACGGAAGAGAAAGGCUCCGCGGUGCGCAUGCGCCGAUCUCCAUGGAGAGACAAGGGGGCGAGAGAGACGGAGGGGAGGCCAGGGUCUGGAUGAAGCAGCUGUGAAGCAGUGGAAGACUAAAAACCCAGGCUCCAGUCUUCUGAUGCAUAGUAGAGUGAAGAAAUGAAGGGACAGCAGAAAGCGGUAGAGACGGAAGAGGGCACUGUGCAAAUCCAGGAAGGGGCAGUGGCGACAGGCGAAGAUCCCACCAGUGUGGCCAUUGCUAGCAUUCAAUCAGCUGCCACCUUCCCUGAUCCCAACAUCAAAUACGUCUUCCGGACAGAAAAUGGGGGCACUCAGCUGAUGUACAGAGUGAUUCAGGUAGCCGAGGGGCAGCUGGAUGGGCAGACCGAGGGGACUGGGGCCAUCAGCGGUUAUCCUGCAACGCAGUCCAUGACACAGGCUGUCAUCCAGGGCGCAUUCACUAGCGAAGAUGCCGUUGAGACAGAAGCUGCAACCACGGAGACGCACUACACAUACUACCCUGCCACUGCAGUGGCUGACACCAGCACGUCUGCCGGGGCAGGGACCACAGCCACAGCCGUGGUGACGACCCAGAACUCAGAUGCCCUGCUGGGGCAAGCGACGCCAACUGGCACAGGGCAGUUUUUUGUCAUGAUGUCGCCACAGGAGGUUCUGCAAAGUGGGACACAGAGGUCCAUCGCACCCAGGACUCACCCUUACUCACCGAAGUCUGAAGCUCCACGAACGACCCGAGAUGAGAAACGUCGGGCACAGCACAAUGAAGUGGAGCGCAGGCGCAGGGACAAGAUCAACAACUGGAUUGUGCAGCUGUCUAAGAUUAUCCCUGACUGUUCCAUGGAGAACACCAAGUCUGGGCAGAGCAAAGGAGGGAUCCUCUCCAAAGCUUGUGACUACAUCCAGGAGCUGCGGCAGAGCAAUAUUCGUCUCUCCGAGGAGCUGCAGGGCUUGGACCAGCUACAGAUGGACAACGAGGUCUUGCGACAGCAGGUGGAAGACCUGAAAAACAAGAACCUGAUCUUGCGAGCGCAGCUGCGGCAGCACGGCGUGGAGGUCAUCAUCAAGGACAGCCACUGAUGAGCCACCACUGACCAAGGGCCCUCCUCGCCCUCCUCCUCCUCCUCCUCCGGCACAGCAGCCGACGGGGGUCCUGUGCCUCGCCGGUGCUUCCACGCCAGGCCCCCGUCCUUGUUGUACAGACCCAGUGAGCAGCGCUGUUGCUCCCGGGCCAGGGAGCUGGGCUGGGCUCAGCUCAGGACACUUGCCUCUGCCCAGCGCUCUUCCUCACGGCCCGGGACCUGGCUUGCCCCCUUGAGCUUAGACGCUGCCUCUUGACACAGUCCUCUGUCUUGAUACGACCCUAAUCAGUUCCAGGGCCGUGACCUUUUCUCUCUUUCUUUCUCUCCUCCCUUUGAACAGCACCUCUCACCUGUGCGCUCGACACACCUUCCGCUGUGUCCGUGCAUGCGAUAUUAUGUAGACAUGUUGCACGUCCCCCCUUUCUCCCUCGCGCCGUCUAUAGGCCCUGCCUCCACAGCACUGCCCAUCUCCGGGCACCUUACUCUUUGUGAGCGUGGAGAGCUGAGAGUCUUCCUCUCCCCCAACCCUGCUUUGUGGCUCUCCGGCCCAAACCAGCCAGUAGGAGGAACCCUUUACACCACAGUGACAGCCUCACACGCGCCUCCCCUUCAAGGCUGGCCACCUAGUUCUGCCUCUGGGCUUCCACUCAAACAGCUGCAGGUCUGAUGUGGCCCUCAAAACCCUCCCAAGACUCUGGGCUUGCAGUGAAGACAAGCCUGCCACAGCCUCCCCUUUCUUUGCUCCGCACCCUGGAAGGUGGUUUAACGUUGCUCUCUUGCCAUGGAAGCCGUUUGCCAAGGAGGUGAGUGUGGGCCGAGAGCAGCAGUAGCUGUCCUCCCGUCUCAGGUGAUUGGACAACUGGUUGGGGUGAUGCUUCUCUUUUUUUUUUUUGUUUCUCCCCGUUUUGUUUUUUUAAAAAAAUAAGUCUCUGGAUUAAAAAAAUAAAGUAAUGGAAAAGCA